GUCGGGCGGACCUUUUCAUGGUGACGUUCUGCUGGGGGCAGCCGAGACCUUCAGAAGCACGCGUGAGCUGAAGAAAAUAAAAUGUCUCAAAAACAGAUGAAGGAAGAUUUUGUAAGGAACCUCAAUGGCACCACUGUCCUAGAAAUCACCCAGAGUUUGUGCUUACCCGCACCCUGUGUCCUGUGCCGAGGGCUGCUGAUCAUUCUCCUACAGCACUUUGGUUCUUCAUUUACCUGGAGAGCCCAAUUCUUCCUUGACUUUGUUGUUCUGAUUGUCCCCCUGGUGGCCACUUUCACCAUUUUAUCUUCCCAUCUCCUCCUUGAGCAGCUUACUGUUACUAUCUUGGGGGCAGUAUUGGCCUACCAGAUAUACCACAGAAGGACUUGUUAUGCCAGAGUGCCUGUACCGAAAAUCGUCGAGAAGUUCCUGAAAAUAAAUCUAGAAUCAGAAUACAUUCCAGCUGUCACCUGUUUCCGUGUAAUUAACAGUGUACUGACUGCUAUUGCCAUUUUGGCCGUGGACUUCCCACUUUUCCCCAGACGAUUUGCCAAAACGGAGCUCUAUGGAACAGGAACAAUGGAUUUGGGUGUAGGCGGCUUCCUUUUUGGAAGUGCAAUGGUUUGUUCAGAGGUGAAGAGCAAAUCCACCAUGGAGGGACCCAGAUUUUCUCCAGUUACGAAGUCAUUGCACUCUGUUUGGCCGUUAGUCUUCAUAGGAAUAGGGCGGCUAGUCGUUAUAAAGUACAUAGGCUAUCAAGAGCACGUAACUGAAUAUGGAGUUCACUGGAACUUUUUUUUUACCUUUGCUAUUGUAAAAUUGGUAACAUCGUUGCUUUUAAUUAUUUUUCCUCUAAAUAAAUCUUGGAUUGUGGCCAUCAGCAUUAUUGUAGUAUACCAGCUAGCACUUGACUUUACCCCCCUAAAACAGUUCAUUUUGCAUGGCACUGAUGGCAGUGGCACAAGGGUUGGUUUAUUAAAUGCCAACAGAGAAGGAAUCAUCUCUACUUUGGGGUAUUUGGCGAUCUAUAUGGCUGGUGUGCAAACAGGGUCGUAUCUGUUUAAGAACAGAUCACAUAUCAAAGACUGGAUCAAAGUAUUAUGUUGUCUUCUGUUGACAGCUAUUACCCUCUUCGUGUGUCUUUACAUAAUUCAGAGGAAUUUAGAAGCAGUCUCUCGAAGAAUGGCCAAUUUAGCCUUUUGUGUUUGGAUAGUUGCUACUAGCUUGAUUUUUCUUAGUAGUUUAAUUAUGUGUGAUAUAAUUUUGAGUUUUGCCAAGUUUCUAUUUAAAGGGGCCUUAGUACCAUGUUCUUGGAAACUUAUCCCAUCACCUGCUACAAUGAAAAAGCAUUCAGAGUCCCCAGGCCCCGAAGCUGAAAGGAAGGCAGACAGUCUUUGUUUAAUCACAGCUAUUAACAGAAACCAGUUGUUUUUUUUCUUGCUGUCAAAUGUAACCACUGGCUUGGUCAACCUGAUGGUAGACACAUUACACAGCGGCACCUUGCGGACCUUCUGUCUGCUGCAUCUCUACAUGCUGACCAACUGCUUCAUUACAUUUGUGCUGUAUGUGCAAGGUAGGGCUAGAAAAUUUAGGUGAUCAAUAUGGGUAAAAGCUGUCUGAGUAUUUUUAUGGAGAACAAAUAUUAAAUGUGGAGUAAAUGUGUUUUUGACAAUCCAGUGUUAACUAUAUUUUAUUGUAGUUUCAACCCUUAACAUUGCGAUGCUUUCUAUUUUAUUGUGUCCAACACUGUAUAAACUAAACCAACAGAGAAGAAACAAGACCUGUAAUUUGGUGGUUUAUUAAAUUUCAGUAUUUAAAGGGAACAGUUUAUAGAGGUCUAACACUGGAAGAUUGGAGUAUAGGAAGGAAGUAUUUUACUUUACAUCUUAUGUCACCGUAUACCAUUCUGCAUUUUUUUCUGUUUUUGUCUUUAAAUUUUUAAUUAGAUUUGGGUGAAAGUUUACAAAGCAAGCUGCUUUUUCUCGUUAACGGUUCAUACACGCAUUUUGUUUCAGGACUUUGAUUGUAAUCCUCACGAUGUAUUUAUCACUUUUCCUCACUUGCUUCUUGUGUUUAUCAUUUCCAUUUGCCCUUCUUUCCUGUCUCCUGAGCUUUAUGCUGCUGCCCCCUUGUGGCAUGGAAACCCUGGGGGUGUAGUGGUUACAUGUUGGGCUGUGAUCUGCAAGGUCUGCAGUUUGAAACCAGCCAC